AUGAGCGGCCUCGAGAAGUCGCUCUUCCAGCUCAAGUUCACUGCCAAGUCGCUGCAGCGCCAGGCGCGCAAGGCCACCAAGGAUGAGGCGGCAGAGAAGGCCAAGCUGAAGAAGGCCCUGGCGCAGGGCAACACCGAGGGCGCGCGCAUCUACGCCUCCAAUGCCAUUCGCAAGAAGAACGAGGGUCUGAACCUGCUGCGCCUCGGCAGCCGCAUCGACGCCGUGGCCAGCCGCGUGGAGACGGCAGUGACGAUGCGGCAGGUGACGGGCAGCAUGGCGUCGGUGGUCAAGGGCAUGGACCGGGCGAUGGAGAGCAUGAACCUCGAGAAGAUCUCGCUCGUGAUGGAGAAGUUCGAACAGCAGUUCGAGGACAUGGACGUGCAGACGUCGUACAUGGAGGGCACCAUGGGCGCCACGACGGCCUCGGCGACGCCGCAGGACCAGGUCGACAGCCUCAUGAGCCAGGUCGCCGACGAGAACGGCAUCGAGCUCGACCACGCGCUGGGCGACGCGAGCGUGGCGCGCGUGCCCGACCUGGCCAGCAAGGCCAAGGUGCAGGAGCCCGAGGAGGACGACCGGCUGGCCGAGCGUCUGCGCGCGCUGCGGCCAGCGACCUAG